CAUUGAGAUCAGUGAUAAGGUUGGCAGGUAUCACCUAAUCCAGGAAGUAGCCAGGUAUACAAUUAGCUGCAUUGGAGCAUGGGUUCUCAAUAUAAAGGAGUCCAGCAAAGAGGUGCAAUGAAGAGAAACUUCAUCUCAACAUGGUAUCUGCUGCCACAACUAUGGACUGCAUCAAAUCAGCCGGGGUGUCUUUUCUUCUGUUGUAUUUUCUACUGAACGUAGCUGAUUCUUAUUCUAACUUUGAUUCUUCAAGCAUGGCCUGUGGGAAAUGCGGUCUGGGAUUAAACAGGGUUUUUUCACGGGAUCGUCCAAUCUACCAGUGCAUGGGUUGCUGCUUUUCCCGAGCGUACCCCACCCCUCAAACAGCCAUGCAAACGAUGGCGAUCCCGAAGAACAUCACUUCAGAGGCAACAUGCUGCGUCGCAAAGCACAGCUACGAGACAAAUGUAGAUGACAUAACAGUGAGAAACCACACAGAGUGUCACUGCAGCACCUGCUAUUAUCAUAAGCUGAUAUGAAAGGUGGAGACUUCCAGCCAUCCCCCCAUGCCCAGCUCUUCUGAGAUGCACAAACUGCUCUCUGUUUGGAGGCAGGUGUUGUAGGCAUCACCAAAUGUUUUCGUUAGUGUUUCUGUGUUUGUGAUGUGUAAUUAGCCUUCAUGUUUGCAUUAAUGACUGCGUAUCAAUAACUGAUGACUUGAAAUUAAUUAAAAUGUGCACCAAGAGCUUA